ACGUAUGCCAAAUGCAGUAGGUAGAAGCAGCAGACCUUACUUCAUUCAUCAGCUCUGAAAUUAUCAUGGCCGAAGGUAGUAUUGCUGCGUUAGUUGCCCCUGUGAAAAAUGCACCAGGAUUACAUUACAAGAAUCCGAGAUUUCCACUGAAUAUUAAAUUGCCUGAUAAUUUGGAAUGUGGAAAUAAAAUUUACGUUCAUGGAGCUGUACCUCCCGAUGCAACAAGAUUUUCUUUGAACCUGAAGAAUGCUGAAAAAGAUGCUAACACCUUCCUCCACUUCAAUCCUCGCUUUGAUGAAGGAGUGGUUGUUCGCAAUAGCAAACUUGAUGAGGCAUGGGGUGAUGAAGAAAGAGACGGGGAGAAUCCUUUUGUACCAGGAGAACCAUUUCUCAUAACUGUUACACCUACUGUGGAUGGAUAUGAAGUAGAAGUUAAUGGAAUUCCAUUUACUACAUAUGCGCACAGAGAAGGCAUGCCUUUGUGUGAUGUAACUCAUAUAACAAUGGGAGGUGAUGUCACUGUUUAUGGCAUUCAUAUUCCUCUUAGCGUUAUCCGUAUACCUUUGGUUCUUCGCAUUCCUAACAAUACUUUUUUGGGUGACAUUGUUGUUCUGAAAGGUGAAAUUCCUAGUGGUGCUGACAGAUUUGCUGUAAAUCUGCAGUGUGGAACUGAUGAAGGUGCUGAUAUUAUGUAUCAUUUUAAUCCUCGUUUUGGGGACAAUGCUUUGGUUUGUAACAAUCGUUGCGCUGAUUCCUGGGGUGCUGAAGAAAGACUUGAUAGUCUUCCUGUUGGGCCUGGAGAUAGUUUCACUUUAUGCAUUGUAGCUGCAAAAGAAGCUUAUUUACCCUUCUUGAAUGGCAAUCCUCUUCCAGCAUUUGCUCAUAGGCUGGAUAUGUCAGCUGCAUGCUCUGUGUGUGUUGAUGGAGAUGUCCGACUUACAGAUGUGACAAUAGAUUGUCCUCCUGUUCGACUGCCUCCUCAAGUUCCUGACCUCGAUAUUAAAAGUUUUGAAGAUCAGACAAGGCAAGCUUUCUAUCCAUCAAAUCCUAUCACUAUGAAAUUGUCAUCUUCCUUUGGACCUGGAAAGACUGUAUAUGUAUCAGGUAGAAUUGCUGGCGAUCCUUCACGAUUUAAAGUAAAUCUCCAGUGUGGAGAGGCUGAAGAUUCGGGAGUGGCCUUGCAUUUCAAUCCCAGAUGGGAUUCUGAUGGUGGACCUGUGCUAGUUCUCAACUCGCUGGAUGAUGGUGCUUGGGGAGAGGAAAUUCGUGAGCCUAAUGUUGUUCCACUCGAUUCUGAAAUUGAAAUUUACAUUUUGUGUACAGAUUCUGGUUAUGCCGUCCUUUUGAAUGGUGAUGUGGCAGUUGCUUCUUUUCCACAUCGUAUGGAUGCUAGUAGAGUAUCACAUGUUGAAGUUGAUGGCUGCUUUGCAGUAUCUCGUUUAAUGGCUCCCUAAAAUGGACUUUCUGUUGUAUAUCUAAAAGUUGAAAAUCUCUUUUCAGUCAUUCUGUAUCAUGCUUUGUUUGCUAGUGUUUUUAGUUUGUAGUCAGUAAAUGCUUUAUAGUAUUUCUCAAAGCACUUUUUUUGUAUGUAGGGAAAUGAAAUUACAAACCCAUCUUGAUAUUAACCACUGUUGUAAUAUCUUAAUUGUUUUUAAUAAUAUGUAAGGUAUUUAAAAAAUGUAAAACACAUGUUCUGUGGCCUUAUCUUCCUUUUCUUCAAUACUGAUAAAUCUAUUGGGUUUAUUUUUGAAAUUUAUUUCAACUGCAGGUUUACCAUAAGAAAAACUGAACUUACAAUAAUCAGGUUUGCCCGAAGAUGAAAAUUUUAAAGUCAAAAUCAUGUUAAAUCUUGUUUGAAAUUAUACUUUUGGAAGAGAUUAUCAGCAGUACAUGAAUUUUUAAAUUGCAAAUAAUGAUUUUGGCUGCUUUCAUCAUGCCACUUUAUACAGAAUAUAGCCAUACACACUGUGAUUUCAAAUUUAAUUGCUGUUUUAAAAUUAUUCUAUAUUAAAGGAAAAUGUAUCUAUAAUUUGUUACUUACAGCAUGUAAAAGCAGAAGGAGCAUAAGUUUAUUAAAAUUUUGGUUGGUAGCUCAUGUUAACCCAUGUUAUUGAAAUCCUACAUUUUGUAUAUUUUAUAUGAAUAUGGCCAUCAUGCACAAAAAAUGUCACUGUGAUUUUUUUAUUUCAAAGGGAUCAAUUUAUCCAACACUUAGCUAUAAUCUGUAUCUUUAAUAACUUAUAAACAGAAACAAGUUAUCUGUAUUUUUGUUUCAAGAAUAGUUUCAGAACCUAGCUUUGCAUUCCUUCAUGAGAGGAAAAAUUGCUGUGUCUGUAACUUACGCUUUUGCAAGUAUGUUUUAAGAGAAUGGCCUUGCUGUGCCUAAGUGCAAAAUAAUAUGAAAUACUACUUCAUAUAUGAAAAGAAAUGUCUUGAAAAUUGUGAUGAUGUGUGCCUAAAGCUUUCAAAAUAAAUAUUAUUAUUGUGGUGCCUUUUUAGAAUACUGAAUGUAGUAUUUUUAUAUUUAUUUUGUGCCGUAUAUACUUUUUUUUCGGUUUCAACUUAAAAAAUAUGUAGAUUGUGCAAACAUGAAGUUUAUUGAAAUAAAACUUAACAUAUUUGAUUUG